UUGGGGGGGCCCCCAAGUUUGAUCACCUGCUUUCCAGAUGCGGUCCCUAUAGCCAUUGCUAGCAGCCUCCGCCCGUGGUUUGAGAAAGCUAUCGCCAUGUCCUUCUGGAGCCUCGUGCUUGGGCUCCUGGCAGCGCUGGCCUGUGCCGUUCGGACGGGAUCCACCGGCACCAGCUGCUGCGUGAAUCAGGGGACCAACUUUGAAGCGAAGGACCUCAUGAAGAUGUGCGAGUUUUUGCUGUCCGACCCCCACGAGAAAAGUGAUGCCGAACGCCUUAAGAAUGCAAACAAGUGCAUGAGCAGGAUGCACCUAAGCGAGAUGGGGCUGCCGGACAUGAAGAUUUCGAAGCAGCCAGAGGACUCCGCGGGUUUUUUGGAAGCCUUGGCCGCGGCGCAAACCUUCCAGCAUGCAAACAAGACCGUUUGGACCAAGAGUUACUGGUGGUCUGACCACAAAUGUCCCGAAGGCAUGGCGGCAUAGCUAGCCAUGAGGAAUGGAGCUGGUGACAGACCCGGUGGUCCAGUCGUGGCGUUGCGAUGCGGUCGGCUUGCAACUGGU